AUGGUAAGGCGAGCGACAGCAGAGCAGAUAGCCGCAGUCGGUAAUUACAGCAGCUGUGAGAUCUCUGAUGCGCUCAUCAAGCUCAAACAUCCCACUGGCGGUCUGCUGCCUGAUCUAGACCUCUUCUCGCCUUCCUUGGCCAGCGAAAAGGCAGAGCAGACCCGCAUCGUCGGCGAAGCCUUUACUGUCAAAAUGAUUGAUGCUGCCGACAAAGAUCAGACAAAGCCUCCGGAGCACUUUGUGGAUGCUGCAGAGCCAGGUAGCAUCAUGGUCAUCUCAGCUCCCGCACAUGUCAAAUCAGCUGUUUGGGGAGGUCUCAUGACCGCACGAGCUCAAGCACGCGGUGUAAAGGGGGUCAUCAUCGAUGGUCGUUGUCGCGAUCUGGGCGAGCACCGUCAAGCUAGCAUGACGGUGUUUGCAAGGGGACAUUCCACGCUCGGCCAAUCGCCUUUUACGCGCGUCAAGGCCUAUCAAGUCCCACUGACGAUACAGCCUCACCUACCGGCGCAUUGUCUCACAGCGACAUACGACCUUCAGAGCACUUUCCAGCCUACUUCCGUCAAUCCCCACGAUAUCGUUGUGGGCGAUAUAGACGGUGUCGUCGUCGUUUCGCCCGAUCGCGUCGAUGAAGUUCUCAAGCUCUGCGAGAAGGGCCGAGCAGUAGAUGCAAAGUGCAUGGAAGAUCUUCACAAGGGACGCUCGAUCAGAGAAACUUUUGCAGCGCACCGGGGCAAAUAG